CUCCAUCACACAAAAACUGGGAUCUACUCACCCAGAGGGACACAGAAGAUCUGCCUUGAUCUUCACCGUGUAACCCACAGUAAGGGAAACAGACUGCCAGUAGGGGUUCGGCUAUGGAAGAGACGGAUACAUGGGUCCUGUACACAUGGCGUGUGUCCUUGUCUAUGGGUUCUUCAGUGACAAUCAGAGGGAAACCUGACAUAUCUUUCAGCAAGAACACAGAAAUGCAGGUGGAUUUCCACACUGGGACUGACGAGAACUCAGACGUUGCCUUCCAUUUCCAAGUGUACUUUGGCAUAUCUGUGAAGAUAAACAACCGUCAGAAUAGGAGCUGGAACUGUGAGGUGGCAUCCUCUGGAAUGCCCUUUGUGGAUGGCCAACCAUUUGAACUGCACAUCUCGGUGCUGCAAAAUGAGUACCAGGGGCUUCCAUGGUGGCGCAGUGGUUGAGAAUCUGCCUGCUAAUGCAGGGGACACGGGUUCGAGCCCUGGUCUGAGAAGAUCCCACAUGCUGUGGAGCAACUAGGUCCGUGAGCCACAACUACUGAGCCUGCGCGUCUGGAGCUUGUGCUCCGCAACAAGAGAGGCCGCGACAGUGAGAGGCCCGCGCAC